GUCACCUUAGUCUCUCGCUUGACCCCGAUGUCGAUUCAAAACAAACAAACGGCGUUCGAUUCGACUGAGCGCGACGCCCCUCCUGCGGUUUUAAUGCCACACAUUUUCCAGAAAUUUCCAAAAUGUGUGACCAGAUUUUCAACGAUGAGAUGCUUAUCAAUACUUUCAGUACAGUGUUUGAUAUGAAAGUCACUGUACAAGACAUGAAGCAGUUAAAGCCUGACUUUGUGCAGAAAAUCUACCUCCUCUUCAUUCGGGAUUUUGGAGCAGGUCUAGAGCAAAUCCAUCAGCUUCCAUUUGAUGUAAGCGAGUCUGUCCAGCAGUACCCAGACAUGUACCGGUCUAUCAUGAGGACGAUGGCCCUAGCUAAGGUCAUCAACCUGUUUCUCAAGAUCAUGUACAAUGAUGACUCCUUCAUGUCAGCAGACCUGUUUGACCCAAAACCAAGAAGAACAAGAAGGUUUUUCUCACUGAUGAUGGAGUUUUAUUAUGCUGCAAAUGAAAGUACAGAGCAAUUGAAUGCCAUUGAAGAGCAAGUGGCAAUUAAGCGUGAAGCACGUGAAAAGCAGCAAGAAAACAUUGAGAAGAACAUAGCCAAGCUGAGGCAACUCAAGAUGGAGAACGCAGAAAAUCAGAUCCGGGAAGAGCAGGAGCUGAAACGCAUUGCAGAAGUGAAGGAGGAUUUGCAGAAAUACCAAGACACAAAGCUUAACCUGAAAUCUCAGCUUGAUGAAGUAAAGAUGAUCAUUGCAACUUUAGGAACAACCAUGAAAGAUGUUGAGCUGGAGAUAAUUGAGGGGAAAGAGAGGAUAGAGAAAUUAGCCAGCCAAGUUGUGCAGGCCAGUGAACGGCAGGAAAUAGAGGAGCGCGAGCGUAAGUUGGCCGUCUGCAGGAAUGAUAACGAGAAAAAGUCCCGCCGUUUGGCCGAAUUGAAGCAGUCGCUGCAGACCUUCACCUCUGCUCAUGAUUUGGUGAAGGAGCAGCUGCUAGGAGUUAUGCAGGAGAUCCAGCAGGGAGUUGCCAAGCAGAAGGAAUGUCUAGCAGGACUGAGUCAGAAGGACCGUUCUAAAGGCUUAGUGCUGGAAGAAACUGAAGACAUUUCCAUGAAAAUUCAACAGCUGAUGGAACAAUUAGCCUCCAAGCAAGAGAAGAUUUCACAGCUCCACUUGUCAUGGAAGCUGAAGAAGGAGAGCCUCCAACACGAAGUUAACCAGCGCAAGUCGACCUUAGAGGAGAUGCGACGCAAUCAAACCGAGGACGAGAUUGUUCUCCAGGACAUGGAAACCGAGCAUGCGGGGAUUAUCCACGAAACUCAGCAACUAAAGGAACAGCUUGCUGAUUUCAACCAUUUCAUUGCAUCACAUUACCAGAAUAUUUUGCAAGCUAUGGAGAAACACAACAAUGAGUUGCAGACAGUGCUGACUGACUUGACUGAGACAAUUUACCAAGCCAAGAGAAAUAAUUAAAGUGAAACUCUUCCUUUUCUGCAAAUGACUAAACACUCAGUUGUGUUGACAAAAUGACAGAAUGCCACAGUACACAAAAGGAGUUUUGAAAGAUAAGAAGGCAGUUUCAAAAGUCUCCUGAUUUUCAUCUUCUGAGCUAACCAGAGGGGGAAGUUUCAAUGAAUUUAUUUUGUGAAUGAUAGGUGUUGUCUGCUGUUCCUUCUCUUUGCUGUCUAAUACUCUAUUUUUCUCUAUACUUAAAACCAUUUGUAAGCAUUUUGUAUUUGAUUUUGAGGUAAUUAGUAUCAUAUAUUUUUAUUUUUUCAUCCCCUAAUCCUUUAUACCCUGUGUGUAUCUGUGAGAAAAACUUUCUUGUGUUUGUACAUAAAUAUUCUUUUUUUUCUCUCUCUCUUUCUAUUAACUCAUAUAUACCAGAGUGAUUGUAUGAAUGAAGGAUUCUUUUCUGUAUAUACUGUACUUAUGAAUAAAGAAUAGUAUAUUU